CUCAUGCUGCCAACGUAAGCAAUGAUUGCGAUAUAGCGAGCCUAGAUAGAAAACCUUCAAGACUUAAACAAAGGAUCGAAAAGUGCGACCAGUGAAAUUCACAUAGAUUUGGAGUUGAAUGUAAAAUUUGCGGGAAAACAAAAGCUUACAUUGCUGUCUUUUUCUCUGGAUUCCGGUCCCCGGUCAUAGCUGAGAUGUGCUUUUGCUUGCGGAACACCUGCUACAGCAUGUAAGAAGGUUAAUUGGGGUCACAGAGGAACCUGCCAGUAUACGUUAUUAACCAACAUGCUCUACGUCCUAUAUCACGGUCUCCAAAAUUUGGAUAGUGGUAGCCUUCCUGGUUGCUAUAAUUCGCACCAGAGGUUGGACAUGAAGGCUACCUACAAUCACAGCCUAUGCAAAAUUUUAAUAUUUUCGUGUCUCUUUUCGAUGUCUUUAACUUUAACGCCGCCACAGGAUGACGGAGAAAUGGCGUCCUCUUCGUCGUUUUACGGCGAUGUUUCAACGAUACAAUCCCGACAAAAAGACAAUAGCCGACAACAGAAGUUACACCAUAGAUCCCCAACUAAAGAUCAGGUUGCCGACCAGAACUUGAGGUACAUGCUGAAUUUGUAUAACAGAGCUGCUGAUACAGACGGUCAGCCCAGAGAACCCAGAAUAUUGGGGUUCAAUACCGUCAGACUGAUUCGGUCCACUUCAACACGAAAGCGGUUCUCAGCAUCGUCACCCGAUCAGCAGUACAGCUACAUGGUGCAGUAUGAGUUGAAAGCUCUUCCUCUGGAGAAGCUAGUAAGGGCAGCUUUCGUCCAUCUGCGCAGCACUGCGCUUUCUCGUGUGCCUUUGAGUUGUGGAGUCAACGUCUCAUCCCUGGGGCCAGCAGGUCAGAGAGUCUCCUCUGGAGGCCAGAUGGCCCUCAGGCCUCAUGACCAAUGGACUGAGAUGGACAUCACUCCCCUCAUCUCCUCACAGAGUGAGGGACGUCUGUCCCUGGCUGUCCAGUACCAAUGUGUGGAGGACAGGCUGGUGAAGAUCACCAUGUUGAGAAGGAGAGGUGGGAGGAGGACCCAUGGGAAGCCAGUCUCUUCCCAAACACAGCUGAGGGCUCCUGCCUUGCUCCUCUUCCUGGCGGAGGAGGCAGGGGACCCUAGGGUCUGGGCUGGCCCACUGGAAGCACGAGCCCCUUCUGUGCCACGGCCCCGCAGGUCCAAAGAACCUGGUAGCAUUGGUGCUGACAUCCCCAACUACAUACGUGAAAACGGUGUGGCUAAGAACCAGUGCAAGCUUCACCCCUACAGAGUGACCUUUCAGGACCUGGGCUGGGAUCACUGGAUCAUCGCCCCGCAUAAGUACAACCCCCGCUACUGCCGAGGAGACUGCCCGCGCAUCCUCCACUACGGGUACAACUCUCCCAACCAUGCCAUCGUGCAGAACUUCAUCCACGAGAUGGGUGUGGGGGAGGUGCCCCCGCCUGCUUGUGUACCUUACAAGUACAAGCCAAUCAGCGUCCUAAUGAUGGAGAAGAAUGGCAGCAUUGUAUACAAAGAGUAUGAGGACAUGAUCGCAGAGUCUUGCACUUGCCGAUAGGCUCGAGGACGAUGGGGCUCCGCCCCGCACAAAGCGAACUUACGCCCACGUGGCCCCUCAAUGUCUUGAGGUUGUGUGGCUCUGCUCCCAUCUCCCCCUACCUUUCUGAUCAUAGGGGGCGAGAUGUGGGAAUGUAUGAUGUUGACUCUCAGGGCCCCUAAAAUCUGGGCCCACACCUGUUUGUUUUAAUCUCACUGUAGCUCACUGUCUGUUUCCUGUCCUUUGGUUGGGCUGAGUUGACAUUUGCACAGCAGUGGUUUGUGUAAUUUAGGAAUCUGGGGGCACCCCCUUCCCGCUUCAAAGAGCAUUUCUGUAUGCAUGUCCACAUCACCUCCGGGAGUCCAGGGAUGAGGCAUUGGAUUGGAGAUACUUUUGGCUCGGUACCUUUGUACAGUAUUGGCACUUCUAGAGGCUUUCUAUGGUUAUAUCUGCCCUCUAAGAUUUUUAUAUGUGAAAAGGCUCCUCUGUUUCUUGUUUUGUUUUUGUUUUUUUUCCUUUUAAAAAAAAAAAAAUGAACCCAUGAGAUUAGGGAGCUGUUGGACAGGGACUGUUUGCCUCUAUCCAGAUCUAGGCCUAUACAUUUUUGCGCAUUUUCCGGCCAGAAGUGACCCUGUUAAAGCCUGGUAAAACGCAGAUGAGCACUCUCACCACCUGUCAGUUUCUGCUGAAUAUGAAGGGGCAUGUGCAAUGUGUGUUGAUGAAAGGAUCUUUGAUAUGAGUGUUUGGUAGUGACAGAGAUUGAAUAUUCUUAUUCAAAAUGUACAUUUUAUGAUGAAUAAUGAGAAAUAAAAUAAAAUGCAUAUUUUCUAAAA